UUUGCAAAAAAAAAAGUGUCAAAUUUUUUGACCUCCAGUUUUUUCCGUGUCUGUUUGUGAUAAAAUCCAUAGGUUUUUAUACGAUUGUCAAAUGUGGCCUUACAAGUGUGGAUCUUUAAAUUAAUAAUUAAUUUUAGAAUGCUUAUAGAGUGCGGUGUAACGGAGUACGUAUUAUCGUUUGCGGUCAGUGCAUUAAGUGUCAUUGAAGGAUCACGAUGCGUAUCGGAAUUGUGUUUUAUUGGUGCGUGUUAGCAUUGCACCUGUGCAAAGCGGAAGAUGUGGAGAGGACAGAGUCAAGGGAGGGUGCCAGAAGGCCGCAGUGGGGGCCAACAGUGCGGAGCGGGUCGUUCGUGAGCGAGUCUGCGAUCGCCGCAUCUAAUGAACAGAUUCUCGUGGAGGCGUGUCACAACGAGCCUGGGUGUCUCCAGGACCGAGCGGGGCUUGAAGCCAUCACGCAGCUGCAUAAGCAACUAGACGACGAUGCGAACGGCAACGUCGACCUUAGCGAGAGUGACGAUUUCCUCCGAGAGGAGUUGCAGUAUGACAGCGGGUACGAGAAGCGACAGCGAGCCUUCCACCACAACGAUGACAUGCACAUAUCCGUCAAGGAGCUUUGGGAGGCCUGGCUUAGAUCAGAAGUCCACAAUUGGACGGCGGAGCAGACGGUGGAAUGGCUAACGCAGUCUGUAGACCUCCCGCAGUACAGGAGUCUGUUUCUGCAACACAAAAUCACAGGCGCCACGCUGCCCAGGUUGGCAGUGAACAACAUGCAGUACUUAAGCAACGUCCUUGGCAUAAAGGACCCCAUACACAAGCAGAAGCUGGCCCUCAAGGCCAUGGACGUGGUCCUAUUCGGACCCCCUAAAGAAGGCAGUCGCUGGAAGGACUGGCUGCUGGCGUCGCUGAUGCUCGGAGCCGUCGCCGGCGGCUGGGCGGCGCUGCGGGCUGGUCGCGCCAGUCGGCACCAGGUCCAGAGGAUGCUGAGAGACAUGGAGCAGCUGAGGAGGGCCGAGCUGGCUCUGGAUGACAUGCAGAAGGAACUAGAGAAGGCGCGGUUAGAACAGGAAAGCGCCACUACAGAGAAGAAAAACCUAGAAAAGAAGUUAAGAGAGGCAGGCGACACGCCGCUACUCAACUCCGCCUCCUCAGAUCUUGAAGUCACGCAGCUAAAAGCUGAGAUUGAGAUGUUAAGAGCAGAAUUGAGGCGUGCGGAAGGCGAACUUGAGGACCGGUGCUGGGCCCCGCCCUCGGGCUUGCAGCAGUGGCUCCAGCUAACACACGAGGUGGAAAACAGGUCGUACCUACGCAAGAAGCAACAGGCGGACAUGCAACUCCAACAGGCCAGGGAAGCGUGCGAGAAACUCCGCAAGAAGCGCUCGAGUCUGGUCGGAGCGUUUGUAUCCACGCACGGCAAGUCUAUAGACGACGUGGACCGCUCCAUUGUCGAGGCGCGCACCGCGCUCAACGAAGUCACUCAGGAACUAUCGGAGAGGAUGCACAGAUGGAAGCAGAUCGAGCGUCUGUGUGGUUUCAACAUAAUCAACAACAACGGCAUUCAGUUCCUAGAGGGCAUGCUGUACAGGAACACCAACGGUGGUCGUCCUGGCGCUAGAGUGCGCAUGAGCAGCUCUCAAGACGACCUGAGCGUCGGCGACGACGCGUCGAUCUGCGGCUCAGUGGCCGACAACUUCGGGUGGCGGGAAGAUUCGUCGGGCAGCGAGGCGGACGCACCGCACUAUCCCCUGGACUUGCGAUUGGCUGAAGCUAGGUUACAAUUAGAAGAGCGCUUAGCUCAAGAAGCCCGCGAGCGGCGGAUCGACGACCGUAGGGAAGAGCUGCGAGUGAAGAGCUCCCUCGGCGACCUGCGCAGGAGCCCCGCCGACGAGCGCCGGCGGGCGGACCCCGUGCACUUCACACUGGGGGGUGACAAGUGAGUGAGGCCUGGUAGUUUAGAGACGAGCCAGUACAGGUGGUUGUUUGAUCGACGGCCGUAGAGAAGAGCUGCGAGUGAAGAGC